AGCUUGCAGAUGUUCACCAGGUUGCUGCGCUCGAUCUCCGCCGUGUCCCGGGCUGCAAAGGGUUUGGAGGGAUCCCAGGAUUAGAGACUCGUGCGAAGAGCAGGCUGUGCUUCGAAAGUGCUAGAUUCACUGCCACAUUCACAUCCAACUGACUAACUGAAAAAUGAACUUUCACGUGCUAUCGUGGCUGCUGUUUUUCCUGGCGCCCGGAGGUUGCCCCAUCUACAGCAUCAAUGUGUCCACUCUGGAGGUGCCCACUGAUGAUUUUCAGAACGAGCUGACCCUGCAUACGAUGCUCAGCUCCGAGCUGCAGCAGCAUCGAAAUAACCUAGAUGCGACAACCUCUUCUAAGAAGCGAAGCUUUCCGCCGAAGUUUUUACAAGAGCUGUCUAAGAUAUCGCGAAGUCCUGUCACACCAGCCACCUUUCUGGGCACCAAUCUCUUCGAUAGCCAACGGAAAACCUGCUUCUCCAUGGAGGAGAUGGCAUUGAUGUCCGCCCGACAGACUUUGGAGCAGCUGGUGCCCAAGUCCUAUCCGAACUGCCUGCUCACCGACAGCGUUGUCCACAUGCUGAUCCGGUAUGUCAAUACUGUCAAUCGGAUCGUGCAAGAAAUGUCGGACGAGACAACGCGACGAGUGCCGCAAAAAGCCUUCUAUGACGCGUUAGGCGGAUACCUUCGAUACUACCUGGUGCCCGCGGCCCAAGUUUCCUAUUACGCUGGUAGCCUUAAGUUGAAAACCAUGCAGUGCUUGCUGAAGAUCAAGCGGCAGAGCUACGUUGUCCUCAACACGAACGGGAAUGCCUGGCGGUCUCCGUCCAAGGAUAUAAUGUGUCAGUUCAAGAGUUUCAAGAUCGAGCCCAUCGAGCUGAGAGGCUCUAAGUUUGAGGAUGGUGCCGCCAGCUGUAGCCAGCUGGAUCAGCACUCUGUCUCGCAAGAUUCUGAUCAGGGACAGAUGAUUGUGCCCCUACCGCAGCUUGAGCCGGUGGAUAGUGAGGGCCACUUGAGUAACAUAUUCCUUCCUUUCCGACAGCGACGCAUCUACAACCUGCGGUCUCCUAUCUGCGCCCGUGUGCUGGUGAAAUUUUUCAAGACCGUUACCAGUUGCCACCGCUUCCAGGGAAUGAGCCAGGCCAGCUACAACAACAAACUGCUCAAUUGGAUACGGGAGAACGUGGACGCGCACUACAUAGACGAGGUGUUCUACCCGGGUCUGGGCGGAAUCCUGCGGAUUCAAGAGACGCUGCUGUAUUUAAUAAAGAAGGAUAACUGCAAAGAAGACGACAAAAACAAUUAUGCAGUGGACUCGCGCAAGGUUAUUCGUUCGACUGGCGAAUGGCAGGAGGAUCCAGAACCGAUCAAGGAAGAAAAGAGCCAGGAUGUGGAGCCUGCCGAACAGGAGAAUGUGACAGCCGUUGAUAAGGAGCCCGAAGAGUGCCGCGAGUGCAACAACAGCUCGCUGGUCUGGUACAUUGCCGCCAUCCUGGUGCUACUCCUAAUAAUCAUCUUGAUCGUCAUCUUCUGCUGCAUGCGACGUGGCAGGAUGCGGAAAGACAAGGUUCAGCCUAUGGAUGUCGAGGCGCCACCGAGUAUAAAGCCCCAGCCACCCAAGAGCGUAAAGGAGCGACCGAAAGGAGGAGACAGUCGCAGCACCUACUAUGGUAACCAGGAAAACAACCGUUCAUCCUCCUCGUUGAACUGUCAACUUAAGCAAAAGUGUUUGCCAACCAAGUUCACCAGCAAGAAGGAACAAAGCUAUUACCGACUUGUCUCCGCAGAAAUCUCGCCGCAAAGGCAGCUGGUGUCCUUGUCGUCACACCAGUACGACUUGACCCCAAGCUCGGAUAUCGAAGAGAAAGAGGCAGAGCAAAAACAGAGGCGGGAGAAAAAACGGAAGGGUCGAAAGGAAGGAGUGUCAGGUCAAAGUAGGACGCCCAAAUCCCUAGUUGACAGAAAGAACUCAUCACCAGUGGAAAGGCAGAAAGCCAGCAGAGUGAGGAUCGAUACGGAGGACUCAAUUUACGAUUCUCGCCGGCAUAGAAAAAAGUCAGAUGAGACAAGGGCAGGCAACUCAAGUAGGCUGAAAGGCGGCACGGUGUCAUCUCCACAUUCGACGAAGGACACUCCGAGCUGGGAAACUACCUUUGAUGACGUCUAAGUGGCUGUGGCAGGGAACACCACCAAUUUCUUUUUCGUUGCAUUAAUUAUAUUUUUUGUUAAGAAUAAAUUAAAAGCCCUUCAGUUAAGCCCCUAUCGAGACGAGAAAGUGCAGGCAACUAAAUGUGCAACAAUGCAGAAAAGGCAUGCAAAUAAAUCCAAGAUAACACCCAGGCCAAUGGAAUGCCCAGAACCAAAAGCGCAUAGAUAUAAUUAAUCUGUAAGAUCUAUUCUGGGUUUCGAAUCGGAACUCAAUUUAGGUAAAUGAGAUAGUGAGUCAGAAGAGAGUUAUAAACUGUGGCAAAAGCUAUGCACUACAGGAUACUUUGCGCUCUUGAAUAAUUAAUAGUAAAGCAAAUGCUUAGCACAGUAAUCAAGCUUACAAAACUAAACCAAUAUGUUCUCUAGCCAAAGAAACGUCAGCUAUUGGUCCUGGAUAUUCCGUUUGUAUAGUUGGCCUGCGUGAUCGAAACCAAUUGUGGUCGAAUAUUAAUAAAAUAACAAGAAAUGAAGAGAUCUACAAAAAAGAAGGCGUGCUGGGCAACAGAGGCAACAAGAAGCGACCUACAGAGAUGCGACCACUCGGCGAAGAGGCCGACACUCUGGUGCUGCGACUGGGAGUGC